AUGUUCAAGGACUCCACCAGCUUGGCGCAAACCAUCCAAACCUACGCCCGGACCAAGCAGCUGCACAGAGGCAAAGAGCUCCACGCUCAGCUCCUCCGCAACGAGUACCCACUUUGCAUCUUUCUCGCCAACCAUCUUCUGAACAUGUAUUCCAAAUGCGGGGAGGUCGACUAUGCACUCAAAUUGUUCGACACAAUGCGGCAGAGAAACUUGGUUUCUUGGACGGCAAUGAUAACUGGGUUUUCUCAGAACUUGAGGUUCUCGGAGACUUUAGAAACGUUUUCCCAGAUGAGGGUUGCCGGAGAGAAACCAACCCAGUUUGCAUUUGCAAGUGUUAUAAGAGCUUGUGUGUUUCUCGGGUCGAUUGAGAUCGGGAGGAUGAUGCAUUCUCUUACUUUGAAGUUGGGGUUGGCUUGUGAGUUGUUUGUGGGUAGUAAUUUGGCGGAUAUGUAUUGGAAGUGUGGGGUGACGGUUGAUGCUUGUAAGGUUUUUGAGGAGAUGCCGUUUAAGGACGCGGUAUCAUGGACUUCGAUGAUUGAUGGGUAUGCAAAGAGUGGUGAUUCUGAGGCAGCUUUACUAACUUAUAAAAGGAUGAUUGUUGAUGGGAUUGUUAUAGAUCAGCAUGUUCUUUGUACUGCCUUAAAUGCUUGUUCUGCGUUGAAGGAUUGUAAGUUCGGAAAGUGUCUUCAUUCGACCGUUCUAAAGUUAGGACUUCAAACGGAGGUUUCAGUGGGCAACGCUCUGACUGAUAUGUACGCGAAAGCAGGAGAUAUGGAAAGUGCUUCAGAUGUGUUCCGGAUUGACUCUGAGUGUAGAAACAUUGUGUCUUCUACUUCUCUGAUCAAUGGUUACGUUGAGAUGGAUGAAAUCGAGAAGGCUUUUAGUUUGUUUGUUGACUUACAUAGUUGGGGAGUUGAGCCUAAUGAGUUCACUUUCUCUAGCUUGAUCAAGGCUUGUGCCAACCUAGCUGCACUUGAUCAAGGAAUCCAGCUUCACGCUCAGGCAAUUAAACUUAAUCUCGAUAGACACCCUUUCAUUUCUACUGUUCUUGUUGAUAUGUAUGGAAAAUGUGGGUUGCUUGAUGAUUCGACCCAAGUGUUUCAUGAGAUAGCAAACCCGAAUGAAGUUGCAUGGAAUUCAUUGUUAGGCGUGCUUGCUCUUCAUGGAUUAGGAAAAGAAGCCUCGGAAACAUUUAAUAGAAUGGUACAAAGAGUGAAGCCGAACGCAAUAACAUUUAUCAGUCUUUUAAUAGGGUGUAGCCAUGCUGGAUUGGUAAAGGAUGGUUUAAAUUACUUUUAUUCUAUGGAGAAAACAUAUGGAAUAGUUCCUAGAGAUGAACAUUACUCUUGUGUUAUUGACUUGCUUGGCCGGGCUGGAAGGCUUAAAGAGGCUGAAGAAUUCAUAAACAGCAUGCCAAUUCAACCAAAUGCUUUCGGGUGGUGCUCUUUCCUUGGAGCCUGCAGGAUUCACGGUGAUAAGGAGAGGGGAAAACUGGCAGCAGAAAAACUGAUGCAUUUAGAACCUGAGAACAUCGGAGCACAUAUUCUGCUGUCGAAUAUAUAUGCUAAGGAGCAGCAAUGGGAAGAUGUGAGGAGUGUAAGGAAGAUGUUGAGAGAUGGCACCAUGAAGAAAUUGCCAGGGUAUAGUUGGGUUGAUGUUGGAAACAAAACGCAUAUCUUUGGAGCCGAAGAUUGGUCCCAUCCUCAGAAGAAAGAAAUUUAUGAAAAGCUUGAUACUCUUCUUGAUCAGAUAAAGAAAGCUGGAUAUGAUCCACAAACAGAUUCGAUUCCACAUGAUAUGGAUGAUACUGAGAAGGAAAAGGUUCUUCACCAUCACAGUGAGAGGAUAGCGAUUGCAUUUGCGUUAAUAAGUAUGCCGGCUGGGAAGCCGAUCAUUGUGAAGAAAAAUAUAAGGGCGGGCAGUGUUCAUGUGGAGAUUACUGGUAGUGUUUUGGAAGCUGAAGCAUUAGUCAAGGGAUUUACUGGGCAGAAGCCAGAGCUUCAAAAGCUAACUGCAGGGUGA